UCUAAGCAGUCCUAUAAUACAUCCACCGACACGGUAUCGGCAGGGAAACAAGAGCAACAACACAUAUCCUCUGACAGCAUGCCCGACACGAACAGCAAUGCACAGCCACUACCAGACAUCACCAACACGGAGGGUUCCGGACAAUGGGUCAGCCUCGACUCGGAACUCGAGAUGAGAGGUACCGAAAUUAUCGGCACGAAAAAGCCAACCGGCCACUCGCUUCUCAUAGACUGCCGUUUGGAGCUUCCGUUCGGAAUGUGCGAACAACGAACCAGAUGGAAAGCCCUGCUAACGAGUGAAACGGCAAUGCAGUUGCGAGCAGCCCGGCCCAUGUGUGGCUCAGACCCCGAGAACACGGAGGCAGCCGAUCUGCAGAGGAAACUGGAAAGGCUGAACAACAUGAUGGACCAGGAAGCACGAGCCGAACAGGCACGACGACAGAUAUUGUACAAUAUAGGACACUCGGGUUACUCGGAAGACUCAGACUACACAUCGGAUCUGAAUUAUCCAGUAGGAGGACAGGGCGCAAACAGUUCAGCCUCGCAGUUUCGUACCGCCGCUAACCAAUUGGCCACCCCUCAAAGAUCCCUCGAGACCUCGAGAGAAAAUAGCUACGAGAGGGACGAUCAUCAGAUUCCAGCUACAGUCGGAGGAAGGCUAGCCCCGAGUAAUUAUGGAGGCUACGGUGGAUCAAGCCAUAGUCCACGAUACGACGAACCAUACCCCGAAGAAGGUCCACCGCAAAGGUAUUCUCAGUCUCAGCACGCUUCAGAAUCUUCCGAGCCACUCUUCUACAAUAGUAGACCAAGACACUAUAAGGAAUACAGACGACGGAAGCACACGUGGGAUUACGAGGACAGCCAAGACGGUUGGUACAGCGAGGGUUACGACUAUCACGGCACGAGGGUCGACGAGACGAGAAUUUACAGCGAUACGGAGUAUUAUCCAAGUACUACAACGAGCACUUCCAGGCGAAGAGGCCCCCACAGAAGACCGUCUUUAGAAAGACAAAUGACUUUGUACGAUGAUCAUUCUUAUUAUACUGACGGAUAUAGCAGCGACGGACGAGUGGGUAAAAUGAGCGCUACGUACCCGGAAUGUCAAACAGACAUCAGGUACAAUGAGUAUUAUGAUAGCACCACAGGAUACGGUUAUCAAGAUGAGAGGUAUGGUCAGGACGACGAAGACAGACAGUGGGACAGCGGAGGGAAAUGGUAUUUGGGGACUAGUACCUAUUAUGAAAACAAACGGAACAGAAAAACACUUCCACAGAGGCCUGCAUCUAGUAUCGGCAUUCAUCGGCCUGAUUAUAGACCAACAGUUACCAGACAACGCAGUUACGAAUCGGAGGAACUCAAUUACAGUGGUCACAGCACUCGUCGUCGUAAGCCGCUUCAGCCUCAACGACCGCCGUCUCGUCAAGAAGGGACCGGUAAAAAACUACCUCCGACGCCGACGAAGCCGAGCAGUGUUAUUAUCAAUCGUAAGCUUGCCUCCUUACCUGCCACACCGAGCAGGCAACUGCCAAAGACUAGAACUCCCUCCGAGGAGAGCUAUUACAAGUCUGACUACAACGAGGACUAUAAUUACGCUUAUCGCAGCCAGGAUAACUUGCCUCAGGAUACCUACAUUGACAGUAUAUACAGCGAAGAUACCGGCUACGAACAGAUGCCUGGAAAAACUCAAUUCGCCGAGGACGGUCAGUAUGGUUCCAGUUAUACAGCCCCUGUUGAUGAUCAGUAUGGUCGUUCGUACCAGGAACCGGUUACACAGGAUGCAUACGAUCAAACAUAUGCGCGAAACUCGUACAAGGAUGAAUACGAGAAGUCUUACGUACAACAGAAUGCGCAGGUGUAUCAGGAUACGUAUCAGGAUACUACAUAUCCGGACGCGAGUCAGGCGAAUGAUCAAUAUACUGGUCAGCCGAAUGAUCAAUAUAGUAGUCAGCCGAACGAUCAAUAUACUAGUCAACCGAACGAUCAAUAUACUAGUCAACCGAAUGAUCAAUAUACUAGCCAGCCGAACGAUCAAUACAGGAAGACGAGUAGAGAUAUGAUAAUAGAAGACAAUUACCAGGUAAUGGGUUACGAUCAGAAUAACGUUCAAUAUCAGCAGGACGGAAAGAAGGUGCCAGCUUAUCAGGAUGAUACGUAUCAAGAGCAAUACGACGGUUACAAUGCCUCAGUACCGUCGAGCGUUUAUGACCAAAAUAACGUAACAAAUACUUACAAUCAGUAUCAACGUGAGCAAUACGAUUCUCAGUACAAUAUAAAUACGUCGACUGGUUACCAGAAGACUUAUCCAGACACUUACAGCCAAGAAACGUAUAACACGGAAGAGUACAGUCAGGAUACGUACAUUCAGGACUCGUACAAUCAGGAAACGUACAAACAAGAAACCUAUAAUCAGGAAACGUACAAACAAGAAACCUAUAAUCCGGAAACGUACAAACAAGAAACUUAUAAUCAGGAAACGUAUAACCAAGAUACGUAUAACCAAGAACCAUACAAUCAGGAACCAUAUAAUCAAGAAAAAUAUAGUCAGGAUAGUACAUAUAAUCAGGAUGCGUAUAAUCAGGAUAUUUAUACGCAGGACACCUAUAAUCAGCAAGAUACGUACAAUCAGCUACCCAUCACUUCGCAAAGUAGUUACGAAGACACGUAUAGUAAACCGCAGAAGGACUAUGUCGAUUAUGAACCACCGUACAGCAAGGAAGAACCUGUUACUUACAAGACCGAUUAUCAGGAUCAAUACCAAGAGUAUCACGAUGACUCUUAUCACGAUUCUUAUCAGGGAUCAUUUGAAGAACGUUACAAGGAGAGUCCAGCUGCCAGCACGGAAAGAAGACCAAGCGAAGUUCCGGAAUUGUCUGUGACAACUCCCAGAGGACAAACGAGAACGAACGGCUAUCAAUCCAGCGAAUCGGAUUAUUAUUUCACGUCUCAGGAGAGCCAAGAUGUCUUGUCGACCACUGUAUCGAGAAGAAAAAAGCUCGAGAAACGCGACGUCAGUCCACUGGUGCAACAAAAUACAGAUUCUUUGGAGUCAAGAGACGACGAGUUGAAGGAGUCCAUUGAUACUGCCGUAAGUUCGAUCAGUAGCAUCCCACAGAAGAAAGGAAUCACCGAGUAUCCCGUCGCUGAUACCACAGUCGCUGCGUCUAAUUUGAUCGAGUCUACGCAAGGUACGGUGCAACCAACGACUACGAUGAUGAAUCAUGUGACACCAAACCACAUUCCAACAAGUAUGACAAUUACGGCGAUGGUUCACACUACGGCGAACGGAAAACGGUUGGUGAGAACCGAAUCGUAUCAGGAGGAAGACGAGAUUCAGGACGAGGAAUAUCCGGAGAUCAUACCGAAGGAACCGCAGAGAAAGGAUUCGCAGUUGUCACAUCAGAGUCAACUUAGCCAGCAUUCUUCUCAACAUAGCCAACCCUCACAAAAACCGAAAUUGACUAGAGGGGAAUCGUACGCUUCGGAUCAUUUCCCUGAAGAAUCAUACAGCAGAAGGGGUUCGUAUACGCAGACACUGGGAAGGGAGUCUUUCUCGUCGACUACGCAAGAGAGCUUCAAACCGCCUUUAACGAGAGCUGAUUCGUAUCAGAAGAGAGGUAGUUACGCUCAGAACUUCACUGCUCCUCAGCCGAUUUCCAGGGCUGAGAGCUACCAACGAGGAUACUUUAAGGACCAAGAGUCUAUAGAGGAGCCGGAAGUUAGUCUAAGCAACGCGGUGAACGAUGAAUACAAAAUCAGGGACGAGUCCCUCGAAAGAUACGAGCGAGGCGAUGAAGCGAUGCUACGUGACUCUCGAGAAGACUCGUUGGUGGACACGUACAAAACUACACCGCCCAUAUCGCACACCGACAGUCCACGUGGGAGUAUAACGAAGCAAGCCUCUUUGGAGGAAAGUGUUCAAAUGGACACACCGCCAAGGAGUCCACCCGAACCACCGCCGGACCAAGAGCUUCUGGAGAUGGUCGGUGUCGCACCAGUGCCUACGCAAUUGAAAGAACGACCAGAAAUGACAUCGAGGCAACGAUGGCAUUGGGCAUAUAACCAAAUUGUGAUGCAGCUGCGGGUGAGUACAUUUAUUUCUGUUUAAUCGCAACCGCAUCGAUCGAAUACACUGCGCGAAAUCGACGGUCGCAGGUGAGUCUCUUAUCUUGUUAACGAUGCUUUGCCCUUAAUUAUGACAGGGUUGGUGUAUAUCAGGUUCU